GUUUCCGCGUUGACCCACGUUUCUCACAGUUAAGACACGUUUAUUCUCUGAUCACGACUAUUAUUAAAUACUCAAGAUGAGGCCACUAACAGACGAAGAGACGACAACGAUGUUUGAGAAGCUGUCGAAGUACAUCGGAGAAAACAUAAAACUUCUAGUGGACCGACCUGACGGCACUUUCUGCUUCAGGCUUCAUGAUGACCGUGUGUACUACAUGAGUGAGAAAAUUCUCAAGCUGGCCACAAACAUCUCCCGGGACAAACUUGUGUCAGUGGGAACUUGUUUUGGGAAGUUUACUAAGACCACAAAGUUUCGCCUGCACAUUACAGCUCUGGAUUUCCUGGCUCCCUAUGCAAAGUUCAAGGUGUGGGUGAAACCUGGAGCUGAGCAGUCUUUCCUUUACGGCAACCACGUGCUAAAAUCUGGGCUGGGCAGAAUCACUGAGAACACAAAUCAGUACCAGGGAGUUGUGGUCUACUCAAUGGCUGACGUGCCUCUGGGUUUUGGAGUGGCAGCCAAGUCUACCCAGGAGUGCCGGCGAGUGGACCCCAUGGCCAUUGUUGUGUUCCACCAGACAGAUGUAGGAGAGUUCAUUAGGAAUGAAGACACAUUAACAUAGAUCAAGAUGCCCUUUUCAUACCCAGUAACAUUCACCGAAGUUCAGUUGCUGUUUGCUUCCAACAGUGAAGUGGUUGUAUUGAAAAACUCGGCUGAAGGCCACCUCGAUAGCAGACGUUAAAACUGGCCCACAUUUCCCUGCACAGUCCAGGGACUGAAAUAAGGACUUCUUUAUUCGUUCACCUUGGGAUACUGCUAAUCCGUCAUCUACAGGAUUCCUUUGUAACAGAGCCUCCUGAGGCAGGCAACAUUAUCAUACUCCCCAUCGGCUUUGUGUUAAAUUUUAGUUCUUUUGUAAAUGUCAGUUUCAAAUAAAUCCAUGUCUUUGUAAAAAA